UCUCGCGCAUCUAACGGAGGCGCGCUGAGGGAAGGAGUUUCUAAACCUCAAAUUAUCUACAGACAGUAUUUCGAGGUAUCAGAUAGUAUUUUAAAAACACAUUCUGUCAAAAUCGGCUGCAGACUCUAGCGAUUCACCUCAACGGUUGGAGAAAAUGAUCCACGCGUUUAUUUUCUUCUGUUUGUGCUUUUUUCAUCUGGUUGGUGUGCUUGUUGCUGAGUCCGAUGUGGUGAAGACAGUGCCAGUGACGGUGGGAGAAUCUGUCACUCUAGAAACCAUCACGGACAUACAGAGAUAUGAGCAGAUCGAGUGGAGGUUUGGAAGUGUUCGCAUUGCAAGAAUCAAGGAAAAGAAUGGUGUCUUCUCUACAGAUUAUCACGACUCGAGAUUCAUUGACAGACUCCAUUUGGAUAAUCACACCGGAUCUCUCACCAUCACAAACAUCGGCCAUGAACACAGUGGAGUUUAUAAACAAAGCAUCGGAGUGAAGGAUCCAGCCGCGCUUUACAAUGUUACCGUUUAUCCUCAUCUCCCCAUUCCUGAGAUCUCUAGUUACUGCACACAAUAUCCUUUAUCGAAAUGUUCACUGCUGUGUUCAGUGUUGAAUGUGAGUCAUGUGACUCUCUCCUGGUUUAAAGGAAUGAGUGUAUUGUCCAGCAUCAGUGUGUCUGAUCUCAGCAUCAGUCUCUCUCUACCUCUGGAGGUGGAAUAUCAGGAUAACAACAAUUACAGCUGUGUGAUCAACAAUCCCAUAGGAAACCAGACUAAACACAUCAGUGAUCUCAAUUGGUUGAGUUCAGGCUGCGACCUUUGUUUUGACACCACUGAAGCUGUGAUCCGAUUGGUCGUCACUGCGCUGAUGGGCGUGGCUGCUGUGGUUGCCAUUGUUGUCCUGGUUUAUGACAUCAAAUCCAGAACAAGAGUGGAGAAAACUAACAUCAGCAUGAGACACCGAUGAACCUAGGAAGACGGAACUAGUCUAUUUAUAAACAUCUAUAAAGACGGCCUUCAUCAAGUCAGGAAUCUUGCUGUGUCUAGAGUCAGGCCUUUCAGUGGUCAUGUCAAAGCAAUAACUAGAUUAGUGGACUUAGAUACUGUAUCCUAGGAAUGACCUGAAGCCUCGAAUUUAGUUAUCUUUAAGAACGCGAUAGAUUAAAGGGUGAUAGAAGGUCCAUUAAAUACACUGGAGCUAAACCAGUUAGGGCUUUAUAGUCAGUAGUAGUACUUUGUAAUUGAUAUGGAACUACCAGUGUGAUAAAAUUGGUGUUAUAUGAUCAUAUUUUCUUGACCUAGUGCAUUUUGUACUAACUAUAGCUUGUUUAUUGAGGAUGCAGGACA